ACAAAUCACGCAUGGACGACAUGGACAUUGGAGCUGUAUGUGAGGAGGGAUCUUCAACCUCAGCAUUAUCGAGGACAAGAACACCUGAACCCAGGGAAGAUGCCUACCUGAUAGUAAUUCCUUAUGCCCACAUAUUUGACCUUAUGCUAAAAGCUUUGAAGUUGCCCCCUGCAAGUUACUAUCACAAGAUAUGUCCAGGCGGCAAGAAUCGUGUCACGGUUACUUUCAAUUGUUUGUUGCAAUUGAUUGAUGGUUUGCUUGUUCCAACCUCAAUAUCGGGUGCAAUUUUACAUGCCUAUGAAGAUGCGGAAGACAAUGCAGCUAUCGCAGCUAUUAGGUACAUGGAAAAUGCAUACGGUAGAGAAAUGAGAGACUGCCACUACACCCAUGUCAAGAGGCUAGAAAAUGAAGUCAAGCAUCUGGUCAGAUGGUUAGUAGCAGCAAACAAGACAAUCAAGAAGCUAUGCAAAGGGUGGUACUACGCUGUCAGAUAUAUGAGUUCAUAUUCUAUUCAAAUGCAAAACACAACGACUACUCGACACUUGAAAGGGCAAGAUAACACCAAAAGGGCUAUGAAAUCAUCACUUGCAAGCAUUGAAAAACUGACAGAGAGGCUGUGCUAUAUUGGUACGAGGUCUGAACAUCGCCUAGAGACUACAAGAGAUAGCUUUUGGUGAACUUCGGUCAAUAUGCGCUCACCAGGACGCUUCUAAGCUUACUAGAACAGCUUCCUUUUGUUUCAUAUCAAGCAGCAUGGUCUAUUGGUCCUUUUGGAGCACUCUAAGUAAGAUAUGUAUUGUAGCCUUCCAUUGCAGCCUCUUUGGCUAAAAGCAGUGUAUCAACUUUAAAGUCCGUUGUUAUCUCUAUGGUUAAACUCACUUUGUCAU